AUGCCGAAGCAGAAGGUGUUACUCCUCGGAGCCACGGGGGAGACUGGGAAAUCUAUCCUCGAGGGGCUGCUUGAGAAUCCACUGGACUUUCAAGUGGAUAUCUUGGUCCGCCCGUCCUCUGCAGCGAAGCCCCAAGUCAAGGCGAUAGCUGAAAGGGGCGUUUCGAUCCGCAUCGCCGACAUUGCUGGACCUGUCGACGAAUUGGCAGUGCAACUUGAGGGUGUGGACAUCUUGAUCAGCGCCAUCGAUGCGCGUUCAUUGCUGUCCCAGAUCGACCUUGCCACAGCAGCCAAGAAAGCUGGCGUCAAAAGAUUCGUCCCGUGCAAUUUCGCAUCAAUUACUCCACCCGGGGGCGUAAUGCUCCUACGAGACCUUAAGGAGCAAGUUCUUCAGCAUGUCCACAAGCUGUUCCUACCGUUCACCGUCAUCGACGUCGGCGCCUGGUAUCAGAACAGUUUCCCAACUCUUCCUUCUGGUCGGCUCGACUACGCAGCUGCGGUGAAGCCCAACGUGACCAUCUACGGUGACGGAGAGGCACCAAACUUGGUGACAGACCUACGUGACAUCGGCCGCUUCGUCGCACGCAUUAUCGCCGACGACCGCACCCUUAACAAGUUCGUAUUCACGUGGGGCGAAGUACUAACCCAGAAACAAAUCUUCACCGCGAUCGAGGCCGCGUCCGGAGAGAAAAUUGAAAGAGAACAUAUCUCCGAAAGUGACCUCGUGGAAGGCAUAGAGCGCUAUAAGCAGCUGUCUUCCGCCGAACCAGAGAACCUCGCGCACCUGCUCCAACUGGUGCGCUACGAGUAUUUCUACAGCAUGCAUGUUCGCCGCGACAACACCUCCGAAUACGCCAAGUAUCUUGGAUACCUCGAUGCUCGCGAGCUGUAUCCCGACUUUGAGCCGCGCAAUUUUGGCGAUUUUGUGUCAGAGCUGCUGGAAGGCAAAAUCACCAAGCCCUACGCUGAGUCUGCGGCUUAUGAGGCGUAUGCGAAUCGUCAGUAA